AUGCAACGAUUCAGCAACUCAGUGAUAGGUUUCUUGAACUUCUUCACACUCUUAGCAUCAAUACCAAUAAUAGGAGCAGGACUAUGGAUUUCAAGAAGCACAACAACGUCUAUUAUAGGGUUGACUAUAUUUGGAUUUGCUGUGACUAGUCAAGGUGGAGGUGUUGAAGUUCCUAGUAGGGUUUAUAUGGAAUAUCAUCUCGAGAAGUAUUCAAUAUGGUUGAGGAAUAAGAUUAAGGAUCCUCAUUAUUGGAGUACUAUGAGGAGUUGUAUUAUGGGGUCUAAUACUUGUUCUAAACUUGCUUCUUGGACAUCUCUCGAUGUUAUGGAGAAAGAUAUGUCCCCAAUUCAGUCUGGAUGUUGUAAACCACCAACAUCAUGCAACACCAACAUGGAAGACAAUGAUUGUUAUCGUUGGAACAAUGCAGCAAACAUACUAUGUUACAAUUGUGACUCAUGCAAAGCUGGUGUACUUGAGAAUAUUAGAAGAGAUUGGCACAAAAUCUCAGUUCUUAGUGUUGUUGUUCUUGUUUUUCUUAUAGGAAUAUAUUCUAUUGGAUGUUGUGCUUUUAGAAAUGCAAGAAGAGCUCAAACUGAUUAUCCGCAUGGUGAAAAUCGUAUGUCUAAAGUUAGACCUAGAUGGGAUUAUCAUUGCUGGAGAUGGUUUCAUGAGAAGAAGGAGCAGCUUUUUUAG